AUGUCUCGAAAAUAUAUCUUCUUGGUAGGAGCUCCGUUGCCAGCAAGUCUGAAUUGGGAUACAGACGAGCUUCUCAACACGCCCAUACCUCCAUUUUACGAGAAUACGACGAGUACAGAACAACAGCUAUCCCUGGAGCAACCACCUGUAAGAUGGAGAGUGUUACGGUCAGCAUCAGUCGACAAGCUAGGUGAAAAUUAUGACUCUUUCCAAUACUAUGAGGACCCGGCCUUUUUCAUCUCGCAUCAACUGGCUGUUGCGACAGAUGCGACACAAGGAUCAGAAGAUUCGAUUCUUCAAUUCUACGACCAUUCUUUCGCCAUCCACGAAACGUCCGAGGUAGCUGGCUCAGAUGUGUACGUAGCAGAUUCCACGCAGGAGAGCAGUUUGGACGAGGACAGCAUGUUGGCUAGCACUACGGGGCUGGACAAGACAGACACUCCGAGGUCACCUCGCAUUCUCCAUAAUCCUGGGUCCCUCAUUGAUUUGAAAGAUCUUCCCACGGCCAGGUACAUCCAAUCGAUCGCACCGCAAACGAUGACGGUGAAUAUGAUUGUGGGAGUGCUGGCCGUUCACCCCCCACGUCGCAUAGUAACACGACAAUGGAAAACCGAACUGGACCUCAUCGAGCUUGUCGUUGGAGACGAGACAAGGGCUGGGUUUGGAGUCAAUUUUUGGCUUAAGCCAGAGAAGCCGACCGCCAAAAACAAUGAACCGGAUCGUCUAGGUCGUUCAUUGGCAUCACUUCGACCUCGCGACAUCGUUUUGCUCCGGACCGUCGGACUCAGUACAUUCCAAGACCGGGUGUACGGACAAAGUCUGCGCCGAGGGAUGACCACGGCCGAGUUGUUGCAUCGACAACCGGUGGAUGUGACGGAUGCAGUUGGAUUCUAUCAGGGCAGAAUGCAAGAAAUUAGCUCCCAGGAUGAUCCGCCGGCCCUUAAGGCCCGCAGAGUACGAAAUUGGAUGCUGCGGUUUGUGACGGAUUCGGUUGGAAUGUCACAUCCAUGUGGAUUACCUCCGGAUACGCAGUAG